UGAUGCUGACAGUGACCGUGUGUGACUGUGUGAAUGUGUGUGUGAGGAGAAGUCAGAAUGGCACAGAACGGAAUCUCAGAGAAUGAAGAGAGAGAGCGAGAAGGAAACAUGGCAGCGCUGCCUCAACCUGUCACUGUUCACCAGGUCACACACACACAGAUUUUUAUCAACAAUGAGUGGCACACAUCCUGCUCAGGAAAGUCGUUUCCCUCCUUUAACCCUGCGACAGGAGACAAAAUCUGUGACGUGGAAGAAGCAGACAAAGAGGACGUGGACAAGGCCGUGGGGGCGGCGAAGGCGGCCGUGCAGAGAAGUUCUCCGUGGAGGAGAAUGGACGCGUCCAGUCGUGGGAGGCUGCUGCACAAACUGGCUGACCUGAUCGAGAGAGACCGACUCCUGCUGGCGACUCUGGAGACUCUGGACACGGGGAAGCCCUUCCUGCAGUCCUUCUUCAUUGACCUGGACGGAAGCAUCAAAACUCUCCGUUACUACGCUGGCUGGAGCGACAAGAUCCACGGCAAGAGUCUGCCUGUAGAUGAAAGCUUCAUGUGUUUAACCAAACACGAGCCUGUUGGUGUGUGUGGAGCCAUCAUUCCUUGGAAUUUUCCUCUGCUGAUGUUCAUGUGGAAGAUCGCCCCGGCUCUGUGCUGUGGAAACACUGUGGUCAUCAAACCUGCCGAGCAGACGCCGCUCACCGCACUGUACACCGCGUCACUCAUCAAAGAGGCAGGUUUUCCUCCUGGAGUGGUGAACGUUGUUCCGGGUUUUGGUCCGACAGCAGGAGCAGCCAUCGCUGAACACAUGGACGUCGCCAAAGUGGCUUUUACUGGUUCUACUGAGGUGGGUCAGCUGAUCAAAGAAGCAGCAGCCAAAAGUAAUCUGAAGAGAGUGACUCUGGAGCUGGGAGGAAAGAACCCCUGCAUCGUGUUUGCUGACUCUGACUUGCAGAUGGCGGUGGAGGAGACCCAGAAAGGAGCGUUCUAUAACCAGGGUCAGUGCUGCACAGCUGCGUCUCGAGUCUUUGUGGAGGAAAGUAUUUACGAGGACUUUGUGCGUCGCAGCGUUGAAAACGCCAAGAAGAUCGUGAUUGGAGACCCGCUCGACCCGCAGACGUCACAUGGUCCACAGGUGUGUGUGACAUCAGCAUCACAGGACACAUGUCUACACU